AACAUCUGGCCCAGCAGGCACAACCAGGCGGCAGCGGAUACAAGGCCAGGCGGCGGCGGGCGGGCGGACCUGCGCCCUGCGUCUUUCUGCGCCCUGCGCCUUUCUGCGCCCGCGGGCACCAUGAGCGGCCGAGUCGGGGACCUGACCCCCCAGCAGCAGGAGGCGCUGGCCAGGUUCCGGGAGAACCUCCAGGACCUGCUGCCCAUACUGCCCAAUGCUGAUGACUACUUCCUCCUGCGCUGGCUGCGAGCUCGAAACUUUGACCUGCAGAAAUCCGAAGACAUGCUCCGAAGGCACAUGGAGUUCCGGAAGCAACAAGACCUGGACAACAUUGUCACAUGGCAGCCCCCUGAGGUCAUCCAGCUGUAUGACUCGGGUGGUCUUUGUGGCUACGACUACGAAGGCUGCCCUGUGUACUUCAACAUCAUUGGGUCCCUCGACCCCAAGGGUCUCCUGCUGUCAGCCUCCAAGCAGGAUAUGAUCCGGAAGCGCAUCAAGGUCUGUGAGCUGCUGUUGCAUGAGUGUGAGCUGCAGACUCAGCAGCUGGGCAGGAAGAUCGAGAUGGCGCUGAUGGUGUUUGACAUGGAGGGGCUGAGCCUGAAACACCUGUGGAAGCCAGCUGUGGAGGUCUACCAGCAGUUUUUUAGCAUCCUGGAAGCAAAUUAUCCUGAGACUCUGAAGAAUUUAAUUGUUAUUCGAGCCCCAAAACUGUUCCCUGUGGCCUUCAACUUGGUCAAGUCGUUCAUGAGUGAGGAGACACGCAGGAAGAUUGUGAUUCUGGGAGACAACUGGAAGCAGGAGCUGACAAAAUUCAUCAGCCCUGACCAGCUGCCCGUGGAGUUUGGGGGGACCAUGACUGACCCCGAUGGCAACCCCAAGUGCCUGACCAAGAUCAACUACGGGGGUGAGGUGCCCAAGAGCUACUACCUGUGCGAGCAGGUGAGGCUGCAGUAUGAGCACACGAGGUCCGUGGGCCGCGGCUCCUCCCUGCAGGUGGAGAAUGAGAUCCUGUUCCCGGGCUGUGUGCUCAGGUGGCAGUUUGCUUCAGAUGGUGGGGACAUCGGCUUUGGGGUUUUCCUGAAGACCAAGAUGGCGGAGCGGCAGAGUGCUAGGGAGAUGACAGAGGUGCUGCCCAGCCAGCGCUACAACGCCCACAUGGUGCCUGAGGAUGGGAGCCUCACCUGCCUCCAGGCUGGCGUCUAUGUCCUGCGCUUCGACAACACCUACAGCCGGAUGCAUGCCAAGAAGCUCAGCUACACUGUGGAGGUGCUGCUUCCCGACAAGGCCUCUGCGGAGACGCUGCAGAGUCUCAAGGCGAUGAGACCCUCCCCAACACAGUGAAGACCCCAGCCACCUCUACCUGUGCGCUCCAACCCCUUCACACCCACCCCUCUGACCCCUGCCUUCCCAGGCAGGGUGGUGCUGAAGGUGGCUGCAGAGAGCCACUUGUCCCACGUCACCAUUUCAUCUCAUUGUAGGCUCACCUGGCACAGUGGCCAAGCAGGAAGGGGCCACCAGUGCAUAGCCCAUGCUGAAGAUUCAGACAGGAACCUCUUUCCCUGUUCCCAGAGAAUGCGGCUGAGAAUGAGAACGCUGAAGAUGAUCCAGUCCACUGAGGAUGGGUCCUGCUUGCAGAAGCUGCCCUUUCACCCAUCUCGACAAGAUCCAGCCACCCAGGACUCACCCAUGCCUGGUGUUCCAGCUUCAGGGGGUGUGCGUGGUUCCCAGGUCCUGUGGACAUCACAGCUUCAGGCCUGAAGAGCAGAGAAGCCCCGUUCUCUGCAUGUAGGAGGUCAGCAGGGGUGGGCAGGCCCAGCUGGAGGCAGCUGGGUGAGGGUCCUGGUUCCAGCAGAGCACUGGGGCCCAUCCAAGUUUGUUCUGCCACCACUGGAUGGAAAAUUGGAAAUGGACUGGGCGUGGUGGCUCACGCCUAUAAUCCCAGCCGUUUGGAAGGCUGAGUUGGGCAGAUCACCUGAGGUCAGGAAUUCGGGACCAGCCUGGGCAACAUGGUGAAACCCUGUCUCUACUAAAAAUACAAAAAUUAGCUGGGCAUGGUGGCGUGCGCCUGUAAUCCCAGCUACUCAGGAGGCUGAGGCAGGAGAAUCGCUUGUACCCAGGAGGCGGAGGUUGUAGUGAGCUGAGAUCGUGCCACUGCACUCCAGCCUGGGCAACAGAGCCAGACUCCGUCUCUAAACAAACAAACAAACAAACAAAUAAAUAAAGAACAUUGGA